AUGCAGUUUGUAUCCUGGGCCACACUGCUAACGCUCCUGGUGCAGGACCUGGCCGAGAUGGCUAGCCCAGACGCCGCGGCGGCCGUGCGCAAGGACAGGCUGCACCCGAGGCAAGUGAAAUUAUUAGAGACGCUGAGCGAAUAUGAAAUCGCGUCUCCCAUCCGAGUGAAUGCUCUCGGAGAACCCUUUCCCACGAACGUGCACUUCAAAAGAAGGCGACGGAGCAUUAACUCUGCCUCUGACCCCUGGCCUGCCUUCGCCUCCUCCUCUUCCUCCUCUACCUCCUCCCAGGCGCAUUACCGCCUCUCAGCCUUCGGCCAGCAGUUUCUAUUUAAUCUCACCGCCCAUGCCGGAUUUAUCGCUCCACUGUUCACUGUCACCCUCCUCGGGGAGCCCGAGGAGAACCAGACAAAGUUUUAUUCCGAGGAGGAAGCAGAACUCAAACACUGUUUCUACAAAGGCCAUGUCAAUACCAAGUCCGAGCACACGGCGGUCAUCAGCCUCUGCUCAGGAAUGCUGGGCACAUUCCGGUCCCACGAUGGGGAUUAUUUUAUUGAACCACUACUAUCCAUUGAUGAACAGGAAAAUGAAGAGGAACAAAACAAACCCCAUGUUAUCUAUAGGCGCAGCACCCUCCACAGGGAGUCCUUGACAGGAGGGCCUGCAUGUGCCACCUCAGAACACAAAAAUAGUUACAGUGAAGACAAGAGGAAAAAGAGAACCAGGAUAUGGGGAGGAAGAAGCAGCCUGGCUGCUGAUGUGGCAGCAUUCAAAAGCAGCUUAGCAACAAAGGCAUUUUCUGCCCAAGCUAACAGGACAGACAGCACAAGAGGAAGAACACACAGAAGAACAAAACGUUUUUUAUCCCAGCCACGGUUUGUAGAAGUGAUGGUGGUAGCAGACCGACAAAUGGUUUCAUACCAUGGAGCAAACCUUCAACAUUAUGUUUUAACUUUAAUGUCAAUUGAAGGACCUUCCAUAUCUUUUAAUGCCCAGACAACAUUAAGAAAGUUUUGCGAGUGGCAGCAUUCGAAGAACAAUCUAGGUGGAAUCCACCAUGAUACUGCUGUUCUUAUAACAAGACAGGAUAUCUGCAGAGCUCAUGACAAAUGUGAUACCUUGGGCCUUGCUGAACUGGGAUCCCUUUGUGAUCCACCUAGAAGCUGUUCUAUUAAUGAAGAUAAUGGAUUGAGCACAGCUUUUACAAUAGCCCAUGAACUGGGCCAUCUGUUUAAUAUGCCUCAUGAUGACAGCAAUAAGUGCAAAGAAGAAGGAGUUAAGAGUCCCCAGCAAGUCAUGGCUCCAACAUUGAACUUCCACACCAAACCCUGGAUAUGGUCAAAGUGUAGUCGAAAAUAUGUGACUGAAUUUUUAGACAUUGGUUACGGCGAGUGUUUACUUAACAAACCUGAAUCCAGAUACUACCAUUUGCCUUCCCAACUGCCAGGCCUCCUUUACAACGUGAAUAAACAAUGUGAAUUGAUUUUCGGACCAGGUUCUCAGGUGUGUCCAUUUAUGAUGCAGUGUCGACGACUCUGGUGCAAUAACGGGGACGGAGGAGACGGAGCGAGUAAAGGCUGCCGGACGCAGCACACACCGUGGGCUGAUGGGACAGAGUGCGAGCCUGGAAAGCACUGCAAGUUUGGAUUUUGUGUUCCCAAAGAAAUGGAGGGCCCUGUGACUGAUGGAUCCUGGGGAAGUUGGACUCACUUUGGAACGUGCUCAAGAACGUGUGGAGGGGGCAUCAAAGUUGCUGUUCGGGAGUGCAACAGACCGGAGCCAAAAAAUGGUGGAAAGUACUGUGUAGGGAAUAGAAUGAAAUUUAAGUCUUGCAACACAGAGCCAUGUCUCAAGCAGAUACGAGACUUCCGAGAGGAACAGUGUUCUCAGUUUGAUGGGAAGCAUUUUAAUAUCAACGGUCUACCUCCAAAUGUGCGCUGGGUGCCUAAGUACAGUGGAAUUUUGCUGAAGGACCGAUGCAGGUUGUUCUGCAGGGUGGUAGGGAGCACAGUCUACUAUCAGCUCCGAGACAAAGUGAUAGAUGGGACCCCGUGUGGUGAGAACACCAGUGAUAUCUGUGUCCAAGGCCUUUGCCGGCAAGCUGGAUGCGAUCAUGUUUUAAACUCAAAAGCCCGGAAAGAUAAAUGUGGGGUGUGCGGUGGCGAUAAUUCUUCAUGCAAAACAGUGGCAGGAACAUUUAAUACAGCAAAAUAUGGUUAUAAUACGGUCGUCCGAAUUCCAGCUGGUGCUACCAGUAUCGAUGUGCGGCAGCACAGUUUCUCAGGGAAACCAGAGGAUGAUAACUACUUAGCUUUAUCAAACAGUACAGGUGAAUUCUUGCUAAAUGGAGACUUUGUUGUCACAAUGGCCAAAAAGGAAAUCUAUGUUGGGAAUACUCUGCUAGAGUACAGCGGGUCUCACAAUGCAGUGGAGAGAAUUAAUUGCACAGAUCGCAUUGAAGAAGACCUUCUGCUUCAGGUGUUGUCAGUAGGGAAGUUGCACAACCCUGACGUGCGUUAUUCUUUCAACGUUCCAAUUGAAGACGAGCCCCAGCAGUUCUACUGGAACAGUCAUGGGCCCUGGCAAGCCUGCAGCAAACCCUGCCAAGGGGAGCGGAAAAGAAAACCCAUUUGCACCAGGGAAUCUGAUCAGCUUGCAGUUUCUGAUCAAAGGUGCCAUCGGCUGCCCCAGCCAGGACCCAUCACUGAACCCUGUGGCACAGACUGUGACCUGAGGUGGCAUGUCGCCAGCAGGAGCGAAUGUAGCGCCCAGUGUGGCUUAGGGUACCGCGCAUUAGACAUCUUCUGUGCCAAAUACAGCCGGCUAGAUGGGAAGAUCGAGAAGGUUGAUGACAGUUUUUGCAGCAGUCACCCCAAACCAAGCAGCCAGGAAAAAUGCUCAGGAGAAUGUAACACAGGAGGCUGGCGCUAUUCUGCUUGGACUGAAUGUUCUGAAAGCUGUGGUGGUGGAAUUCAGAGGAGAAGGGCUAUUUGUGUCAACACACGAAAUGAUGUCCUGGAGGAUAGCAAAUGCAUACAUCAAGACAAAGUCACUAUUCAGAGGUGCAAUGAGCUACCUUGUCCACAGUGGAAAUCGGGAGACUGGUCAGAGUGCUUGGUCACCUGUGGGAAAGGGCACAAGCACCGUCAGGUCUGGUGUCAAUUCGGUGAAGAUCGAUUAAACGAUAGAGCCUGUGACCUCGAGACCAAGCCAGCCUCCAUGCAGACCUGUCAGCAGCCGGAAUGCGCGUCCUGGCAGGCAGGUCCCUGGGGACAGUGCAGUGUCACUUGUGGGCAGGGGUACCAGUUCAGAACAGUGAAAUGCAUCGUCAGGACUUACAUGUCAGAGGUAGAUGAUGAUGUCUGCAAUGCAGCAACUAGGCCCACUGAGACCCAGGACUGCGAAGUACCAUCCUGUAACCCUCCCCAAGCUGUCCCAGAAGCAAGGAGAAAUGUACACAGUGCACCCAGAACCCAGUGGCGAUUUGGGUCUUGGACUCCAUGCUCAGCCACUUGUGGAAAAGGUACCCAGAUGAGAUAUGUCAGCUGCCGGGAUGAGGACGGCUCCGUGGCUGAUGAGAGAGCCUGUAUAACCCUGCCUAGACCAGUGGCAGAGGAAGAAUGUUUUGUGACUCCCUGUGGCCAGUGGAAGGCUUUGGACUGGAGCCCUUGUUCUGUGACAUGUGGGCAAGGUAGAACAACCCGGCAAGUGGUAUGUGUCAACUACAGCGACCAUGUGAUUGAUCAAAGCAAGUGUGACCCAGAUUAUAUCCCAGAAACCAACCAGGACUGUUUCAUGUCACCAUGUCCUCAACGGACCCCGGACAGUGUCCUGGCUCAGCACCCUUUCCAAAAUGUGGGUUAUCACCCCAGGAGCUUCAGCCCUAGCCAAACCCAUGUGCUUGGUGGAAACCAGUGGAGGACUGGCCCCUGGGGAGCAUGUUCUAGUACCUGUGCUGGCGGGUGGCAGCGGCGUGUCGUUGUAUGUCAGGAUGAGAACGGAUACACCGCAAGUGACUGUGUGGAGAGGAUCAAACCUGAUGAGCAAAGAGCCUGCGAAUCCGGGCCUUGUCCUCAGUGGGCUUAUGGUAACUGGGGAGAGUGUUCUAAGCCAUGUGGUAGGGGCUUGCGAACAAGACUGGUGGUGUGUCAGCGGCCCAACGGUGAACAAUUUCCAGAUCUGAGCUGUGAAAUUCUUGAUAAGCCUCCAGAUCGUGAGCUGUGUAACACACAUGCUUGUCCUCAAGAUGCUGCAUGGAGCGCUGGCCCUUGGAGUUCGUGUUCUGUCUCUUGUGGUCGAGGGCAUAAGCAACGAAAUGUUUACUGCAUGGCAAAAGAUGGAAGCCAUUUAGAAAGUGAUUACUGUAAACACCUUGCUAAGCCAAAUGGGCACAGAAAGUGCCGAGGAGGAAGAUGCCCCAAGUGGAAGGCUGGCGCCUGGAGUCAGUGCUCUGUGUCCUGUGGCCAAGGCGUGCAGCGGAGAAAUGUGGGCUGUCAGAUGGGAACUCGCAAGGUAUCCAGCGAAACCGAGUGCAACCCCUACACCAGACCAGAGGCGGAGCGCACCUGCCAAGCCCCGCUGUGUCCCCUCUAUGCUUGGAGGGCAGAGGAAUGGCAAGAAUGCACCAAGACUUGUGGGGAAGGCACCAGGUACCGCAGGGUGAUGUGUGUGGACGAGGAAAAAGGCAGCGAGGUUCAUGGUGUGCACUGUGACAGCAGCAAGCGGCCUGCCGACCACAAGAGCUGUAGUUUGCAACCCUGCGAGUACAUCUGGAUCACAGGAGAAUGGUCAGAGUGCUCAGUGACCUGCGGAAAGGGCUACAAGCAAAGGCUCGUCUCCUGUAGCGAGAUUUACACUGGGAAGGAGAAUUAUGAGUAUGGCCACCAAGCUGCCACCAACUGCCCAGGCACGCAGCCCCCCAGUGUCCACCCCUGCUACCUGAGGGAGUGCCCCGUCUCAGCCACCUGGAGAGUGGGCAACUGGGGAAGCUGCUCGGUGUCCUGCGGCGUUGGAGUGAGGCACAGAUCUGUGCAAUGUCUAACCAAUGAGGACCAGCCCAGCCACUUAUGUCCUGCUGAUUUGAAGCCAGAAGAGAGAAAAACCUGCCAUAAUAUCUAUAACUGUGAAUUACCCCAGAACUGCAAGGAGGUAAAAAGACUGAAUGGUGCCACCGAAGACGGUGAAUAUUUUCUGACCAUCAAAGGAAAGCCCCUGAAGAUAUUCUGCGCAGGGAUGCAGUCUGACCACCCCAAGGAAUACCUGACACUGGUCCGUGGUGACUCUGAGAACUUCUCCGAGGUCUAUGGGUACAGGUUGCACAACCCAACCGAAUGUCCCUACAACGGGAGCCGACGCGAUGACUGCCAGUGUCGGAAGGACUACACAGCAGCUGGGUUUUCCAGCUUCCAGAAAAUCAGAAUAGACCUGAUCACCAUGCAGAUAAUAACCACUGACUUACUGUUUGCAAGGACAAGCGAAGGGCAUCCCGUGCCCUUUGCCACCGCUGGGGACUGCUACAGUGCCAGCAAGUGCCCACAGGGUCGUUUUAGCAUCAACCUUUAUGGAACAGGCCUUUCUGUAACUGAAUCUGCCAGAUGGAUAUCACAAGGGAACUAUGCUGUCUCCGACAUUAAGAAGUCACCGGAUGGUACCCGAGUUGUAGGGACAUGUGGUGGUUACUGUGGAAAAUGUACUCCGUCCUCAGGCACUGGCCUGGAAGUUCGAGUUCUUUAGUUAAGGUGCUCUGAAGAGGAAGCCAC